UAAUUAGUCUUAUCAAUUCUUGGACAUUGUACGAACUCCUAUUUUAUCUAGGCAUAUAGAUUAAAACUAGCCGUGACAUUUGCUUGAAACAUUCCAGCAUAAUCAGAUUUAUAUUGUCCUAAGAAUUAGGCUGUAAAUAGAAACAAUGCAAAAUAACGGAUCGCUGAGAGGGAAGACAUUGUUCAUAACUGGCGCCUCUAGAGGUAUUGGUAAGGCCAUAGCUUUGAAGGCUGCUCGGGAUGGUGCUAACGUUGUUAUAGCGGCCAAAACAAGUGAUCCACAUCCCAAGUUACCCGGAACCAUAUACACAGCCGCUGAAGAAAUUGAAAAAGCUGGAGGCAAGGCUUUGGCAUGUAUUGUGGAUGUACGCGAUGAGAAACAAGUCAAGGCCGCUGUUAAGGCAGCUGUGGACAAAUUCGGAGGUAUAGACAUUGUGGUAAAUAAUGCCAGUGCAAUUUCUCUGACCUCCACUCUGGAUACUGAAAUGAAACGAUAUGACUUGAUGCAUCACAUUAACACUCGAGGAACUUUCCUGGUUUCCAAAGAAUGCCUUCCAUACUUACUGAAAAGUAAACAUGCUCAUAUUUUGAACAUAUCACCUCCCCUAAGUAUGAAGCCAAUAUGGUUUGGCAGUCAUGUAGCAUAUACCAUGGCAAAAUACGGCAUGUCAAUGUGUGUAUUAGGAAUGGCUGAAGAAUUCAAGGACCGUAAUAUAGCAGUUAAUGCUCUCUGGCCCCAAACUGCUAUACAAACAGCUGCUAUUGACAUGCUAAGUGGAUCAGAGGCAGCAAAAUACUCGCGCAAAACCGAUAUUAUGGCCGAUGCGGCCUAUGUUAUACUGUCCCAGGCUCCCACAAAAGCCCCAACCGGCCAGUUCUAUAUUGAUGAGAAAGUACUGCGUAAUGCCGGCAUUACGGAUAUGAAACAAUAUGCUGUGGAUCCAUCCCAUGCUGAUGAAUUGCAAUUGGAUUUCUUUUUGGAGGAUGUUGACGUAUACCAGAAGCCAUUGAAAUCGAAAAUCUAAACAGCGAUUAAAAAUAUGACUGUUAUUUAGGUACAUGGAUUGUAAAAUAUGAAAGGCUUCAUGUUUAAUUUAUAAAUAUUUUUGUAAAUGGUUUAAAGCUGGACAAUAUGCUGUUGAAAUCACAAAAUGAUUUUGUAAAUAUUUUAUACUGGAAUGUGGCAAUAUAUAAACACAUAUAUACAUUUUUUAA